AAAAAUAUCAUCUCGGGUCGUACUGAGUUGCAUAUUACUAACCAUACCUGUUAAUGUGUGCAGAUUGUGGAUUUUAUAUGACGUAGCAAAACAAACCGUUCCAUUUGUUGCUUUAGUAUAUGUACAAAACUUCAGCAUGUAUUGCAUAGAAGCUCAUUUUACUGUAUUGUGUUACAUUGUUUAUCAAAAGAUCGUUGGGAUCAAUAACGAUUUAAUGGCACUCAAGAUCAAUACGAUCGUGCGUAACAAAUACCCGUUCGUGUCAUUAACUGGUGAGAAAUACGGAAAAACCAACAGCACUAUUGAAUACAACAGAGAAGUUUUUCAUUCUCUGAUUGCCGGCUAUCCAAUGAUUGAUGUUUUGGAAAUCCUAAAAGCCAAACACAAAUUAGUUAGCCAAGCUGUAAAGAACUUAAACAACACGUUUGGAAUUCAUUUGGGAUUGUCAUUAUGCGCAUUGUGUCUGUACGCCUUAUUCGACGUAUAUUAUCACUUGCAAGCAGUGUGGAAACACUCGAAGUAUAAGAUUCUUGUAUAUGGCUGGAUUUUACAAUACUUCGUUAGAUUUUUACUUAUCACUGUCCUAGCCCAUUUAACAACCAAACAGGCACUCAAAUCGAAAAUACUUAUAACGGAUAUAGACAAUCGUUAUUUAGAUAAUAAUACUAAGGAAGAGUUACAAAUUUUCCUCAAUCAAAUUUCCAGUUGUACAAUUGAAUUUACAGCUUGCGAUUUCUUCACUUUAAACACUCAUCUGAUCACAUCUGCAAUUGCAGCUGGCACAACAUAUCUCGUCAUUUUAUUACAAUUUAAUUCAUCAAACAAUUAA